ACCGAUGGUUUCAGCUUCGACGUCCGUGGUCGUCGCCAGUUCAACAACGCUCUCCUCUGGUCGUCGCCGAAGGCACUGGGACCAAGAGCUUUUUUUAUCGCAGCGUCGAAUCCUGCCCACCUCAGCAUCGAUCGGCUAGAGACUAAGGACGAAGGGAUCUAUCGGUGUCGAGUGGACUUCAAGAAUUCGCCGACGAGGAAGCAGAAAAUGAAUCUGACUCCGGUGAUACUGGACGGGACGACGAGGGACAUCUCGAAGUUAGAGGAACCGUACAACGAGGGGAGUGACGUGAACCUGAUUUGCGAGGUACGAGGUGGCAGGCCGCCCCCGAAGCUGACGUGGUACCUCGACAACGCCGUGAUAGACGAGUCCUAUCACUACAGCGCCGAGUCUGGCCUCACGGUUAACCGCUUGUCCUAUCCUAAAGUUGGGAGGCAACACUUCAAGGCUCGUCUAAUCUGCGAGGCCAGCAACACUAACCUCGUGCCGCCGCAGACCAGGCUGGUGAUCCUCGACGUGAAUCACACUCGAAGAGGAGCAAAGAUAAAUCAGAGGAAUUACGAGCGAAGCAACUUGAAAUAUUCCCGCAGCUUCAUUGUAUUCUCAACGGCAAAUUAAUCGCGAUGAAUAAUGUGACUAAUAUUACUAAUGAAUACAAUUGGUUAUUG